AUCUCGCGAGAUGUCAUUAUCGUCGCGUGAUGUAAGAUGGACGACAGAUUCAGGAACUUCGCAAAAAUUUAUAAAUAAUGAUGCAUAGUUAUGAUACGUGUUAUGUAUAGAAUUAACUUAUAAAUCAAAAUGGGAGGCAAGGAAUCUAAGCUUCAGUACUUUCCUUUCGAGGAGGCAUGCAGACGGAUGAAGGAGACAGAACUUAAACGAUCCAAAGAUGCCUUCAAAAGGGUGGCCACUCUUGGGGGUCAAAUGUCGGACAUCGUUUUCUGUCGAGAAGUCUUAGGGGAAGGAGUCCCUCCAGGGAUUGCUAAUCUUCUGUACAGAGGAUUUGGAGGCACCUCUAAAGGGCUUUCUCUGAAGGACUUAUUGUGUGGGCUCGUUAUUCUCACCAAAGGCUCUGUGGAGGAGAAAAUAAAAUUCCUGUUUGGGAUGUAUGCUGAUGACAGUUACUCCUUCGUACAGAAGGAGGAAAUGGACCGAUUGGUUCUGGAGUCUGAGGGACAGGUCUCCAGUGCUCUGUCUGACCUCUUUAUGGAGAAUGAUCAGGUGACCUUUGAUUAUUUUCGACUGUGGGUGAAAGCUCACCCCGAUGCCACAGAAAUGACAAAAUGGCUGUUGAUGGAACCCAUGACGGUCAGUCUCUCGGACGACACAGACACACCCACUUUCUAUCAAACUCUGGCUGGGGUCACACACUUGGAAGAGACGGAUAUUAGUGAACUAGAGAAAAGAUACUGGGCUCUGAAGUCGCAAUCCAAAAGUGGAAAAUUUGACCUUGACACAUUCAAGGCCAUGGUUUGUCCACCAGUGCCAGAGGCUGUUUGUGAAAGCCUUUUCCACGCAUUUGAUGAAAACAGAGAUAAUCACAUAGAUUUUAAAGAGAUGGCUUGCGGAAUUUCAGCUUGCUGUAGAGGACCAGGAACUGAAAGACAAAAAUUUUGCUUUAAAGUGUUUGAUAUGAACCAUGAUGGCAAGCUGUGUGAGAGGGAACUAGUACAGAUGGUCAAGGCUUUACUGAGAAUACGAGAGGAGAACCAACCAACAAACACAAUGGAGUGUGAUCCUUUCUAUAACAUGGACCCAGAACUUGUAGCAAAAGAGAUUCUAGCGAGUCAUGAUGGAGACAAGGAUGGGUGUCUAACUCAGGCAGAAUAUUUAGUGUGGACAGUCAACAACACGCUGGCAGAUAAUUUCCUAGAUUUACUCAGUCAGAUAUGCCAUUUGGUUAUGGGCCUUAAACCUCAAACAAAAGAAGAGGAAGGGGAGAUAAUCAAGCAGUGGCUCCAGAGAGAAUCCAAGAAGAGUUUUGAGAUAGGUCAGGUAUGGUACCUGAUCAGCAUGACAUGGUGGAAUUCCUGGAUUGAAUACGUCCAACCACCGGUCCAAUUGUUAAAUGGCAGAUUAGAUAGUGGAGAACAGGUCAGAAUGAAUGGAACAGAGGCUAUGCACAAAAUAACCAAAAGCAAGCAUGCCUCAAAAGCUCUACCCUGGGAUGAUGACUCAGUUAUAAUUGUGAAUAUGAUAACAAAGGGAAAGAACUCUGAAUACAACACUUCAAUCAAUGGCAGUUUCAAAUCCAGCACAAUUCCACAAAGGUCCCAGUCUGCUUGCAGUAGUCCAAUUAAGACUUGUCUUUCUGCCUCAGACUCUAAUGGACUCACAAGUGUUAGUCCAGGCCCCUCCCCAAAGCUCCGCAAAAAAGGACUUCAGCAGACGAAUUCUCAUCCUGUGAAACCUGGGCCUAUUGAUAACACCAACCUUAUUACUCCUAACAAUUCAAAGGUAAUAAGUCUCACCAAUGAGGGAGGCAGACUACGGAGGGAUACCAUGUUGGUGAGGGGCAAGGAUUUUGAAUUGGUGCCUGAAGUGAUAUGGAGGUCACUGUCAACCUGGUAUGGAGGAAAUAUUGCUCUACCCAGGACAGUGAUUGCCUCCAAAAACAACAAUGGCAGUCCAGAACUGGAGCUGUACCCUGUGACGGUGAAGCUGUUACGACACCAGGUUGUUCCUCAACGUCCCAACCCCACCUCAUUCUCAGGGGUCAUGUCUGGAAUAGGUGGCAUGGCCCUUAGCAUGACAAACUAUGUCUCCAGUGCACCACCUAUUCCAAGGCGCUAUGUUGCUUUUACUGCAACCUUCAGCAAGCAACACACCAUACAGCAAGUGUAUGAAUUUCUCUGUACAAAAGUUCGAUUUAUCAGGGAGGAUAUCAGGCUAUGGAAGAUAGGAAGUAAAGAUGAUAGCAUGACACUCCUAGAAGAUGAAUCUAUGACAGUAGAAGAUUGUGGAAUAGAAGAAAACCAGUCACUAUUGAUAGAGGUUCGAAACAAGGACCUGACAUGGCCUGAAGAAAUGUCUCAGCUGGCAAAAAAUAAAACAUGUCGCAAAGAGCAAGUACCCACCCAGAAGGGAGCUACAGGACUUAACAAUCUAGGAAACACGUGUUUUAUGAAUGCUGCUGUACAGUGUGUGUCGAACACUUGGCCUUUAACUCAGUAUUUUAUUGGAGGGUUACAUCUGUUUGAACUUAACAGGUCUAAUCCUCUAGGGAUGAAGGGACAUAUUGCUCAGAGAUAUGGAGAACUAGUCAAGGAUCUGUGGAGCGGAACCUCCAAAACCAUAGCUCCUCUUAAGCUCCGAUGGACUAUUGGUAAAUACGCACCACGUUUUAAUGGCUUUCAACAACACGACUCUCAGGAAUUACUUAGCUUUCUUUUAGAUGGUCUCCAUGAGGAUCUCAACAGGGUUCAUGUUAAACCUUAUGUAGAACUGAAGGACAGUGAUGGCAGACAGGAUGAAGUGGUGGCUGAGGAGGCAUGGGAAAACCACUUAAGGAGAAACCAGUCCAUAAUCGUUGAUCUCUUUCAUGGCCAACUCAAGUCCCAAGUGCGCUGUAAAGAAUGUGGACACAUGAGUGUCCGUUUUGACCCAUUUAACUACCUCUCUCUCCCCCUUCCAAUGGACAGCUGUAUUCAUCUAGAAGUCAUAGUGACAAGACUGGAUGGAUCAGUACCAGUCAAAUAUGGCAUUCGACUCAAUAUGGAUGAAAAGUACAAAACUUUGAAGAAAGAGCUCAGUAGUCUGACAGGAAUUCCACCUGGACAGAUCCUGUUUGUGGAAAUCAUGGGACCAAUUGUCAAGGCAUUACCACAAGAUAACCACAAAGUGAAGACUCUAAUGGGAGGAGUAUUGUAUGCAUACGAGCUCCCACCUCACGAGGAAAUCAAACCCAUGACAUUGGAGGAGGAGAAAGGAACCGUCCUCAAAAACUCUGUAGGCCUCAAUGAUAUUCAGCGAGGACUAGCCACAAAGAAGAUUCAACAGAAAUUAGAAAAUGGUCCCUCCUCGAUGUCCAACUCUUUAACAGUGGAGGAUAACUCUGCUAACAACACCCCCACACAUUCCCGCCAACCCAGUGAUGUCCCUACAAUGGGGAGUCUCCAGCCCACCCCAGAAAACCCUGCCCCCAAAGCCACUGCUGAACUCUUCUCAGGCUUUGUAAUAGGGGUUCAUAGAAAAAUGAACUUGAUGGAUGUAUACUUCUUGUCCUCACAAAAGGCCCGACCUGGACUGUUUGGGACCCCCAUUAUCCUCCCCUGUGUGGAGGAUACCACCAAUCAGGAUCUCUAUCAGUUUGUGUGGACACAGGUGUCCAGGCUGGUCAGUCCCCUCCCUCCUUCCGAGAUCAAGUCAGCCAACCACGCCCAGGACUGUGAUGACAGUUUGGGAUAUGAGUAUCCCUUCACGCUCAAAGUUGUCAUGAAGGAUGGAUUGUCCUGUGCCUGGUGUCCGUGGUAUAGGUUUUGUAGGGGGUGUAAGUUGGAGUGCAAUGCUGAUGACUUUAACUUUGGAAGUUCAUUUUUGGCUAUAGACUGGGAACCCACAGCGUUACAUUUACGAUACCAGACAGCUUUAGAAAGGUUAUAUGAAGAUCAUGAGAGUGUGGAGGAGAGCAGGAGGAAACAGACAGAGCCCAUUAACUUAGACACCUGUCUACAGGCCUUCACCACUGAGGAGGAACUGGGCGAAGAUGAGCUCUACUACUGCUCCAAGUGUAAAAAGCACUGUCUGGCCUCCAAAAAACUGGACAUCUGGAGGCUGCCACCUAUACUGAUUAUAAACCUAAAAAGAUUCCAGUUUUUAAAUGGCCGAUGGGUGAAGUCACACAAAAUAGUGAACUUUCCUGUAGAGAAAUUUGACCCCUCAAAUUACGUAGCUCCUCGAGCACCAUUGAGUGUUAGUGAACAAUCAGUGAAUUGUGUGUGUCAGAGUAAUAAUUCUGCUGAAGUAGAACAUGUGCCAAAUGGAGACAUUCCAAACCAUAAUGACUUACAGAUGGACAUAGAUAAAGAUAAAAAAGAAUCCAAAGCAUCACCAUGUAAGAAAUGUCAGCUCAUUCAAAACAUUCCAACUGCUGAUGAUCCCAUCAAAUAUGACCUAUCCUCUAUGUCAUGUCACACAGGAAUUCUGGGAGGAGGUCAUUAUGUCUGCUAUGCUAAAAAUCCAAACCAGAAAUGGUACUGCUACAAUGACAGUAGCUGUAAGGAGUGUACAGUAGAGCAGAUGGAUUGUAAUUCAGCAUACAUCUUAUUCUAUGAAAGAGAAAAUAUAGACUUCAGUCAUUUCAUGCCAGAUGUGGACGGUAAAGAGCCCGACCUACAAGAAAUUGACGAUGAGUUCGAGUCUGACCUAAAAAAGGCAUGUGUAAUUCAGUGAUCCUAGGUCAAGGGCAAUUAAGUUAAAGUGUGUGACAAGUCCUUUUUUUUUUGGUGAUUUCUCUGUCUACUAUGUGUAAAGGAACAGCAGGAUUGAAAGUAAAAGAUUUCACAGUGUCUCUUGCUACAGUGCUACAGAAUAUUUUCUAUAAAUGAUUGUUGUUUUUAUUUAUUUAUUUUUUUUAUUUUUAAAAAAAUUUCCCCCCAAUCCUUGUACAACUCCUUGCUGAUAUUGUUUAUUUUUUAUUUUCAAACCAGUGAUACAUGUAUUAUCUACAAAACAUGUAGAUGGUGUUUACCAUUGAUUUCUU